GUCACGUCGCCGGCGUCUCCUCCGCUAUUUAAAGAGUGCGCGCCGCUCGUCCUGCGGAGCGGAGAGAGCGCGCCGGUGUGGGUCGGAGCCGCGGAGCAGAGCGCACCGGGCAGCAGCUGAAGCGCUCAGCAGUCCGGAGCUCUGUGGUGGGCGGAGACUGUAGCCCCACUCCCCCUCCCCAAAAAAACACAAGGUUCCACGGCAAGAGCGGGCACCGAGCAUUUCGGGACUCCCCUCCUUCCUUCCCUCACGCGCGCGCACACACACACGCGCGCGCACACACACAUCCUCACACACACGGUCCGAGCAGCCAGUCCGUCCGAGGAACGAGGCAUCAUGGCAGCGACCACUUGCACGCGUUUCACAGAUGAGUACCAGCUGUACGAGGAGCUUGGCAAGGGCGCCUUCUCAGUGGUGCGUCGCUGUGUCAAACUCUGCACAGGCCAAGAGUACGCCGCCAAAAUCAUCAACACCAAGAAGCUGUCUGCCAGAGACCACCAGAAGCUGGAGAGAGAGGCCCGGAUCUGCAGAUUGCUCAAACACCCCAACAUCGUUCGUCUCCACGACAGUAUCUCAGAGGAAGGCUUCCACUACCUCAUCUUUGACCUGGUGACAGGAGGGGAGCUAUUCGAGGACAUCGUGGCCAGGGAGUACUACAGUGAAGCAGAUGCCAGUCAUUGCAUCCAGCAGAUCUUGGAGGCCGUGCUCCACUGCCAUCAGAUGGGGGUGGUACACAGAGACCUCAAGCCGGAGAACCUGCUGCUGGCCAGCAAGUGUAAGAACGCCGCCGUGAAACUGGCCGACUUUGGACUGGCUAUUGAGGUUCAAGGAGAACAGCAGGCUUGGUUUGGCUUUGCAGGAACUCCUGGUUACUUGUCUCCAGAGGUACUGAGGAAGGAGGCGUACGGUAAACCUGUAGAUAUCUGGGCAUGUGGUAAGCUUUUGUUUGUGUCUUCACGCUGCCGCCUCCCCGUUCUCCAGCUCAUCACUCAGAAAGACGUAUAUCUGUGUGUAGGUGUGAUCCUUUACAUUCUUUUGGUCGGGUACCCUCCGUUCUGGGACGAAGACCAGCACAAGCUCUACCAGCAGAUCAAAGCUGGAGCGUACGACUUUCCUUCUCCAGAGUGGGACACCGUGACUCCUGAGGCAAAAAAUCUGAUCAACCAGAUGCUGACUAUCAACCCUGCCAAGAGAAUCACUGCCCAGGAGGCUCUGAAGCACCCAUGGGUCUGCCAACGCUCAACAGUGGCCUCCAUGAUGCACAGACAGGAGACGGUCGAGUGCCUGAAGAAGUUUAACGCCAGGCGGAAACUUAAGGGAGCCAUAUUAACCACCAUGCUGGUCUCCAGGAACUUCUCUGUGGGUCGCCAGACCACGGCUCCGGCUUCCGUCAGCGGGGUGACAGGAACCACCGCUGGCAUCGUGGAACAAGCAGCCAAGAGUCUCCUCAACAAGAAGGCGGAUGUCAAGCCCCAGACAAACAGCACGAGAAACAGCAUAGUCACCAGUCCCAAAGGCAACAUCCCUUCUGCUGCACUGGAGCCACAGACUACUGUUAUCCAUAAUCCAGUAGAUGGGAUCAAGGGAUCAUCCGACAGCAGCAACACCACCAUUGAAGAUGAGGAUGUAAAAGCUCGCAAACAGGAGAUCAUAAAGAUCACGGAGCAGCUCAUCGAAGCCGUCAACAACGGAGACUUCGAGGCCUACGCGAAGAUCUGUGACCCUGGUCUUACCUCAUUUGAACCUGAGGGGCUGGGAAAUCUGGUGGAAGGCAUGGACUUCCACAGAUUUUACUUCGACAAUCUCCUUUCCAAAAACAGCAAACCCAUCCACACCACCAUCCUCAACCCUCACGUGCACAUGAUCGGAGAAGACGCGGCCUGCAUCGCCUACAUCCGCCUGACGCAGUUUGUGGACAGUCAGGGCCGGCCCCGCUCCAGCCAAUCGGAGGAGACCAGAGUAUGGCACCGCAGGGACAGCCGGUGGCAAAACGUGCACUUCCACUGCUCAGGCGCCCCUGCUGCACCGCUGCAGGGAUGAGCAGACCAGAGGAGAAACAAGCAAGCCCAUGAUCCGAGGGAGGGCUUCAGCUCUGAGAGAGACGUGAAGGUGGAUGGGAGGGUGGGCUGGAGGAUUUUUGGGAUGGGGGUCAUCCUCAUGCUCGCUGCACAUCCACCUUGUGCUUCUCUCUCUGAAACCACUGCAGACAGUUACAGCAACACCUGACUCACCUAACCUACUGCGUGGGGGGGCGAUAUCAGCUGUGACCCGGAAGCUCUACAUGCCUGCGUCUCGUCUUCGGCUGGCCUGCAUGCGGCCGAACACCUGGACCACUCCUGUCCUUAAUCCUGUCACCCUGCUGUGUGGCGCCCUCCUGUUGAUGCUUUCCCCUUCUCUAUUAUAAAGUUCUGAAUCUUGAUGUUAUUAUGGCUGCAGUCUCUUUGUUGUGCUCUUUCUACUGUACAGUAUAUUUAUUACCCAUAUGAAUCCCUCUCUUUCUUCUUUUUUAUGACAAGCAUGACUCCUGCCUGUAGUCUUGAUGUUAUCGUGGCUGUUUUUCUUUCUGCACGACUAAAGCUGCCUGUGUGAAGCGAACGAACAGAACCACGUCUCUUGCAGAGAAAGACAUGUGGGUGUAUUUAACUAUGUGUUUUGUUACUACUUUGUUGUUUUUAUCCUCUUUCUCUGGAGUGUUGUUGACCCCGAACCGACGCCUCCGUGUAUUGUGCGGACCCCGCCGAGCUGCUCUGUGAGACAGUGACAAACCAUACAGCAUGCUCCAAUAUUCUUGUUGUUCUUAAAGAUUUCUUCUCUGUGUUGACCUGCUGAAACCAUGGAAACGGUUGAGAUUCACACCCUCCCGCUGUAUGUGUAUAUUUCCGCUUUCAUUGUGGCGGUAUUUACCUGCAUGAUAUUUACAAGUUAAUGCAUCACUAAAUCGGUUGUUAUUGUGCAUUUGGUUGAGUUUCUCUCCUACGGGACUGAACCGCUGGUGAGCUUUGAUCUGUUCCCUGGGCUCUGUAAAUGCAGAACAUGUUCUAAUGUCAGUAUGAAAAAUGGAUGUAAGCUUUUUUGACCAUGUUGUGGCUCCUGGCCAGAGUAAGAAUGGCUCUUUACUGUUUAUUAAGCAAACAUAAUGAUAAUAAAAAAUCUGUUACUGCUUGAUUA